GUAUACCGUUUUUAACCGCAUUCGUGUACCAGUGGCUCAUUACUCCACUCUUUGUUUCCAGUGAAGUUCAAUUCAUCCAAGCUGGAGGAAGAUAAACCCCCGGUCAACACUACAGACACAGCCCAAUUAGCUUCGCUGAUAGAUGAAGCAGUUGACAAUUUCUUCGCAACCCAUACCUUAAGGGUCAAGGCCCUAGGACGCGAGCUCUCCAUGACGAGGGGCGUGAACGAGUUUGUGGGCAGAAAGAAAAGGAAAGGCGGCGGCGGCGGCGGGGACCACGGCGGCGACCACGACGGCAAGAAGAAAAUGAUGAUGAUGGCUAUGAUGUGUAUGAAGAUGAAGAUGAUGAUGAUGAUCCCGGCCAUGAUGGGUAUGAUGGGGAUGAUGUCUUUCAAAGGAAUGAUGUUCAGCAUGAUGUCAUUUAUGAUUUCAAAGAUGAUGCUGAUAAUGAAACUAUUGGAGAAGCGCGGCGGUCUUGGUGGCGGAGGGGCAGGAGGAAACGAUGGUGGCUGGGCAACCAGUGGCGCGGGCGGUGGAGCAUGGAUGCCGGCAGGUAGUCAAGACUACGCAGGUGGGGGAGGCUACGACGCUAACGGACAGUGGCAGAGUCGAUCCAUACUUGAGAAAGAGAAAAGAAAGCCGAUCGUAACUUCCAUUGCUUCUACUGUAAGAAUCAACGGGAAAACGACGAAUGCCAAUGAAAUUAUCAAAGAAAAUGGUAUGAAAGAGAUUAAACAUAGAUUAGCGAAAAGGAAUGUAGACGCGCUUGAAAUUGUGGCUGGUAAAAAGGAAAUUGCAGAAGAUAUCUCCUCUGAAAUUCCAGGAACUGAUGAUAGAGAAAAAUUGACACAUGUGAACAGAUUCGAUAAUGAUAUUGUCGAAGACAUUACACUCGACAAUGAUUCUAAUUGGAAAACGUCCAUACUAAUUGGAAAACUUUUGAAAAAAUCAGCAGUAAAUGAACUGAAAACAGAAAGAAACAGUCGAAAUGGCGAUGCAUCAACAGAUGAUAAUGUUAAAUGCAAUACGCAGUACAACCCUGAUGGAAAACCAGCGGUCUGUAGGGAGUAUAGGAGGAAGAAAAGGGACAUAAUAGAUAUAUUUCAAAAUUCCUACCGAUAUAUUCUGAGCAAACUUUUCGGUACGAGCAUAAACAGGCGAACAGUGGCGAAUCCUAAAUAUAAAAUUGUAAACGGUGUUAAAUAUGUCUAUCAACCCUUUAGGGCAAGUCAGAAAGUGAAGGUCAGUAAAGAUAUGAAUAGUAACAAAUUAAAAGAGGACACCUUUAAGAUAAUAGCGGCUGAGGAUUUUAAUAAGGGUGAGAUUAUGGAAGGGGCUGUGGAAAGCAGAAUGAACAGAAAGAAAUUCAAUAGAAUUAAAGAUAAUGUUAACGAGACCAUGGAUGAUAAUCCGUGGGAAUGACUAUAUUAUGUGAUGAAGUUUUACGUACUGGACAAUAUUGUUUCGCCUGAUUUCAAAUCAUUUUUGUUUAUGUGAUUUGUGGCGUUAUACUAAUCGAAAGUGAUUAUUUAAGUAAUUGAAAGUAGGACGUAAUGUAUUUUCAUUUAACAUACUUAUAGACGUAAAUCGCCACAUACGUUUUUUUUUGCUAUAAUAAUAUGUUUUCCAUUUAAUAUGCUUUACAUUAGUAAGAUUACGGUUGUAGAGUAGAUUUUUUAUGAAAACGCCAUCUAUCCGGUACAUGUAGAACUACGUUUAAGAGUUUAAG